AUGAGUUUUCAGUGGACCUUUCUCGCUACAUUUCUUUAUUGUGAAUUAGUUGUUAUUGUUAUAUUAUUAUUACCAUUUAUUUCACCAGCAACCUGGCAUAAAUUUUUUAAAUCUCGUUUGGUUAAGGCAUUUUCAGCUGGUGCAAAAUAUUAUUUUAAUUUUAUAAUAUGUGUCUUUACACUGUUAUUUUUGGAUUCUAUUCGUGAAUUAAAUAAAUAUUCCAAAUUUACUCCGGACAUCUCAACACCCCAUGUGGAAGCACAAACGCAUAUGAAACAAUUUCGAUCACAAAGAAAUUUUUAUAUCGCCGGUUUCGCAUUGUUUUUAUGGUUUGUUAUUAAACGUCUCAUGGGUUUAUUAUCACAGUGUGCACAUGAAAUGGCUGAUUCAGUUGCUGCUCGUAAACAAGCUGAAAGUGCACAUCGCCAUCUUGAAGGUCUCACGCCUGAUGAUUUAUUGACAGGUGACAAAAAAGCUGGUGAUGUUUCACGUUACAUUGAUCCAAAAGAACAUGAUGAACAACUUAGUACACUUAAUCAAGGUUUGAGUAAAGCAAAAGCUGAUAUGGAUGCACUUCGUGAAAAAUAUGAUAGUUCUAUAACAGAUUAUGACAAAUUAGCUGAUGAACAUCGACAACUACAGACAAGAUAUGAUAGUCUCGCCAGAGAACAACAAGAAUUACCGAAAGAUAAAUAA